AUGGGUCUCCCAGUAACUUCGCGGCGUGCAAGUUCGAAGGCGGUUGCUCUGACGGCCGUCAUGACGGUCCUUCGAGGGGGUGAUAUGGUUUUGACGGAUCCCCAAGGUCUCGGCGCUGUGGAAUUGGGUCUGAGGUCGGAGCGGAGCAACUCCGUGGUCAAGCUCAAGGUAGCUGUACCACGCGUACCACCGGCCAGUGCCCUGGCCAAUUUCGACGUUUUGAAGGAGUGUAGCGCAGCUCACAUCAUCCGGGAAUCAUGUUCGCGAGAGCAAGCCAUCGACUUCGGGGCAGCCUUGUUGUCAGGAGUUGUACGGCAAGUGCUCGACAUUAUGCACGAAGCCGAUAUGACGAAGCUCACGCCGAAACAGGGCGAGUCGAUGGAAAAGGUCCUUGAAGCUAUCGCGGCUGCUCUAUUCACCCAGUGGGCCUCGGACUCCCAAACCGUGGCUCAGGAGGCCGUUAUUCGCUUCGCCAUGAACUACCCCGUACCUCCGGCCGCCACGGUACCGGGCUGGUACACCGCUACCGCCGAAAACUGGCUGCCUAACGGUUGGGAUGCACCAUCCACCUCCUAG